CAGGGUGCAGACGGAGGGGAAAGUCAGUUCUUACAGUUUGUGUGAAGUUCCUCUGUGUGUGUGCAGUCAUGUCGGGCAGCAAGCUCAUGAGAGCCAUCAGAGUGAGUGAGUUUGGAGCUCCGUCAGUGCUCAGACUGUGCUCAGAUGUGCCUGUCCCACAGCCUGGACACAGAUAGGUGUUGAUUCGUGUCCAUGCCUGUGGAGUGAACCCUGUGGAAACUUACAUCCGGGCUGGGACCUACGCCCGUAAGCCCUCCCUGCCAUACACACCAGGCACAGACGUAGCUGGAGUGGUGGAAACUGUUGGAGAAGGAGUCACUGCAGUAAAGGCAGGAGAUCGUGUGUUCACCACAGCCACAGAGUCUGGAGCUUAUGCAGAGUACACUGUAGCAGCUGACGACUGUGUCCACAAACUGCCCAGUGCUUUAGACUUCAACCAGGGCGCAGCCAUAGGGAUUCCUUACUUCACCGCCUACAGAGCUCUGAUUCACAAAGCCCACACCAAACCUGGAGAGACUGUCCUCAUCCAUGGAGCCAGCGGAGGGGUUGGUGUGGCAGCGUGCCAGUUGUCCCGUGCUCUGGGUCUCAAGGUGUUGGGGACAGCAGGGACAUCAGAGGGAAUGAAGCUGGUUCUCAGCAAUGGAGCUCACCAAGCCUUUAAUCACAGAGAAGAGGGUUACACACACAAAAUCAUGGAAGCCACAGAAGGCAAAGGCAUUGAUGUGAUAGUAGAGAUGCUGUCAAAUGUCAACCUCAGUAAAGACCUCCAGAUGUUGGCCUUUGGAGGACGUGUUACGGUCGUUGGCUGCAGAGGCUCCAUAGAGAUCAACCCCAGAGACACCAUGGCUAAAGAGAGCAGCAUCAUAGGAGUGGCACUUUUCUUUUCUAAACCGGAGGAGACGAAGGAGUGUGCAGCGCUGCUCUACGCAGGGAUGGAAGCUGGUUGGCUACGUCCAGUCGUCGGUUCCCAGUAUCCACUUGAGAAGGCCGCCCAGGCCCACCAUGACAUCAUUGAGUGUCCCGGAGCUGCUGGGAAGACAGUCCUGAUUAUGUGAUGAUAUGAUCGCGUCACAGGUCUAAGGUCACCCAGUAGGGUUUUGGCUGUUCCUAAAAGGGAGGCUCUUGCUACAACAAAGCAAACAAUGAUUCAUAUGGUCACAUUAAGCUUUAAAUGAUUACUGAAAAUGACCAUGAAAAUUAGAAUACCAAUGUGCUUAUUUAUCAUCACUGCCAAUAUGCAAAUCAUGGAUACAACAAUAUAUGAAGGAAAUAAUGUUGAACUUAUUGCUGAUGACUGCUUGAGAGUUAUGAACUAUGACUAUCUGUAUUUGAUCAGAAAUUUUGCAAAUCUUUCUGACUCUUUCUAUGCCUUCAGCUACCUUUGUCGGUCACAUGACCUUUGCCAUGUUCGCCAGAGCAGUUCCUUGUUUAGCUGUGGCUGGGCCUUCAAGUCAUUAAGGACUUAAAUUCAGCUUAAAAGCUUUUUUCUUCAUUUAUAACUUGCAGUGCACCUUUAAAGCUACAUUAAUUGAUUUUUUAGCCACUUGGGGGCAGCAGAACAAGCUGAAACCACAACAUUAACAUAUUUUCACCUUGUAAAGUUGGUAGGUCAGCAAACAGUUACUUAUUUCCAUCCAGACACAGAGCAACAUUAGCAUUCAUUUGGAAUCAUAUUUGUGUCCACCAGUGUUGGUGGUGUUAUUAAAAAGUGAGUAUUACACAUUACUCAGUACUUUUAAAGAGUAAUGCAUUACUAAACUCAAUCACUCCUGUAGAAAGUAAUUUGUUAUACUAUUAAUUACUAAACUUUUGCAGUACUCCGCAGCAUCAUCUGAGACCAGUGUUACCAGUGUACAACAGUAAUAAUAACACUUUUUUCAGUAACAAGUAGUGUAAUUAAUUACUAAUACAAUUUCAGUUAUAAUAGUACAGUUACCAAAUAACAUAUUACAUUACUUUUGUAAACACGGCACUACUGACUUGAAAUAUGACAGUCACAUCAGUGGUUUCAUUUUUGUAAUCAUCACGCUGUGCUUGCACAUCACAACACAGUAUGCUAGUUUGGAAGAUGGAAACACUUACCUUUAGCAGCUGGCAAUAUUCUCAUUACUUUGGUUUUGUUGGGAUGAUAGAUGACAAGAAGACUGCUGCUGCAGGUAGUUUUACUUAAACUCUUUCCCCAUGAAAAACAUGACCUGAAACCUUUGGUCUGAAACACCUACUAACAGCACAACAACAUGAAGCUCCAGGAAAUACACUCCACAAAAGGGGAGCCCUCCUUGGCAGCGGAGGAUGUAUCUAGCCCUACACUGUCUAAACAACCCAAAACUUGAUUUUAAUUGUGGCAGCUGCAGGUUACCAAGAACUAAUGAGGCAUGUGGCUGGAUAUGUUGUGGAUGAAAUGUUGCUCAAGGAUUGACUGUCCGUCUUUUAUGCAGAGCCUUGGGAAAAUACCAGUUGCAGGCAACAGGAGGUUGAAAAAAAAAAAAAAAUCUAGCCAUAGCUACACUUACCGGUGAUUACCCUGACAUUAACAUGGAGGCACAAGUGGAGUCUGAAUUUGGAGGGGACACAAUUCCAAUUUUGUGGGGUGUAGCAGAAAAGUAAUAUAACAAGUAGUUACACGAAUGACUGUUGGCAGAGAGUAGUAAGUAAAGAAAUAAUAUUACUUUGAAAAGAGUAACAAGUAGUGAGUAAUAUAUUACAUUUUUAGAGUAACAAGCCCAACACUGCCUGAGACACAGUGUCACAUACUUGCAAGUUAACAAUACAAAGUUAAACCUGACAUAUGCCCACAUAUCAGAACAAAACAAGGCUCAAAAAGGCUACAACUGCCUAAAAAAGAAAUUUAAUAAGUAUAUUAAAGAGGUUGGCCUUCCUAACACUGCAUAAUACAAAUAUUAAGUGCCUUAUAAGUCUUAUUAAAAACAUAUAAGAAACUAUUCUGGUGAUGAUAACAUACUCAAAGAAAAUGGUAUGUGAAUGAAUUUUAAUUGUCCAAACACACUCAAACAAACUCACUUGAGUCGAUUGCUCACCAAACCAUAGCUUUAUAGUAGACUAGUCCAGCUUGACAUAUUCAAUACUAAAGCAGCGUUUUUACCUCGUGAGUGUUCAUGACAACCUGUUCCUCCAUGGAGUCAGCACAGACUACCAAGGCUGAGGAGCCUCUCCACGGGUGCGCUACACAGCAUCGCUAUUGUCAGUAUGUUUGAUGAUUUUUCUAUCCGCCAACCAUGCAGGUAAUUGAAGAACUUCUGUAAUGCAAGCUGCAACAUAAUUGUUUGAUUAGUAGCUGUAAUUUGAUUACUGAAUUUAGAACAGUGGUGCAUUACACUACUGACAAAGGUAAUGUGAUUACAAUAACACAUUACUUUAUAAUGUGUUACAUCCAACAAUGGUGCCCAACUCAUGGAUUUAAGUCCAGCAUUCACUCCCCCUUUAGUUCUGUUUUUGUCUCUACCUGAGGGAGUAUCUGACUCUUGAGCUUCUAAAUCCUCCACUAUGUUCACCAGCAAGUCUUUUACUUAUCCUGAUAGUAGAACAUAACAGAGAUAUUCGUUGUUCCUCUGGCUGCUCCUAAUGGCAUUUGCAUUUAGAACAGCCAAUCAGAGCUGAGGAGACUAACACAGUGUCAAUCAAAAUCAGUCAAAUUACCUUCUGUAGCUUUAAGUGAAUGUCUAAACUGGAUAAGUAUACACUGUGCAUGAUUUCCUUGAUUGGGUCUUAUGUAAUCAUGAAGGUGCUAAAGUAUUUUUCAAGCUGACUGAUGGUGACAAACACAAGCACUUGAGUUGUGGAAUGAGAAUAUGGAAUAAAUUGUAUUGCUGAA